UAUCGUGAUGGUGGACACAAGAAGAGGCUUCCUCCUCCUCAUGUAGAGAUAUAUCGAGCCAGAUAUAUUGUGCUCGUUCUUGUGCGAGGUGUGUUCUCUCCCAUUGCUUCUACAAUCUAUUAAGGGAUAUCAAUAUCGCUGAAUUUUUGUGGCUUGCGAGAGAAAGGGAGAAAGAGAGAGAGAGAGAGAGAGAGAUAACAGAGGGUUCGUUUUUAUUUCGAAGAGAAAGAAAGACUCUCGAAGGAUGUCCUUUGAAUUAGAAGAAUACCCAAUCGAUUCGGAGACCAAGGUCGUCGCGGUAAAAGAACUCAGGGAAACCGAGGAAAAUGUGAAAAAUGGUAUCAACACUUUGAGGAAGUAUAUCGAAGAGGACAAAACCUUACAUUUUAGAACGGACGAUGAAUUCCUUAUGAUCUUUCUUCGACCAUGCAAAUAUUAUCCGGAAAGUGCUUACGAAUUGAUAAAAAGAAUCGCCGAUUUUAAACAGAAGCAGGCUGCACUUUUGGACAAUUUAAUACCUUCCGAUGAAAAGAAAUCUUUUCUCGAGCACAACGUCGUCAAUGUUCUUAAAACUAGAGAUGAAAAGAGGCGAAGAGUGUUGUUAAUUAACGUCGGCAAAACUUGGGACCCUUCGAAAAUUAAUGCCGAUCAAUUAUUUCGAUUGCUUUAUCUCAUCCAUGUGGCCGCCAUGUUCGAACCUGAGACUCAAGUACGUGGUUCCAUCGUAAUAAUGGAUUUCGAUGGUCUCUCGAUGAAACAGGUGAUGGGUUUGACACCGUCUUUUAAUAUGAGACUUCUAACUUUUAUUCAAGAUGCAUUACCGUUCCGAUUAAAGGAGGUUCAUAUCGUAAAACAGCCAUUCCUCUUCAAUAUGGUUUGGCAAAUGUUUAAGCCGUUCGUUCGUGAAAAAUUAAAGAAACGUAUGUUUUUCCACGGCACGAAAAUGUCUUCGUUGCAUAGUCACAUUGCACCUAGUCAUUUACCAAAAAAUUAUGGCGGCCAAUUACCUGAAAUCGAUUACACCAGUGCCGAUUGGUAUCCGACGAUUCUUCAAUACGAAGAUAGAAUAAAAGAAUGGAAUUCGUAUGGGUAUCAGAUAAAUAAGUAAUUUCAGUCUCCCAUAGCGUAUUAUUCUUUUUCUUCAACAAAAUUAAGACUGGAACGUUCUUUUUUGUUAGUCGUUGUUAACUAGAAAGUAAAAGUUUAAGAUUAUAUAACUCGCUUUAAAUUUUAUACAAAUUGCAUAUUUUAUAUAUAUAUGUCAUGACAUUUAUUUAAUUGAGUUCCUGUUUUUACAAAAACAUGUUGUCAGUGUACGCGCGCAUGCGCGCGUGUAUGUGUAUGUAUGUAUGUAUGCGUUUCAUUAAACGUAAUCGCCUCGUAACUAUAAACCAAUCCAAGGCAUAAAUAUUUCUGUAUAAGUAUAUGUUAUUACGUACACUAUUAAAAGGGUUUAAAUAUAGUGCGUUAUCAUAGAAAAUCUAUGCUGAUUUAUGUAUAAUAUAUAAUAUAUUUUUACCAACAUAAAA